GGUUACGGCCGGAAAGGCUUCGCCGUUGCCCAGGCACCUUUCGGUUUCCUUGUCCGUCGAUUUUCAUCUGAAUGUGGAGAAAUGUCUGUGACUGCGGAAGGAAACAAGACUCCCGGGAAAAGCAGACGAGAGGACGGAGAGGAGAGCGAUGGUGUCGGCGGGAAGGACACACCGGAACCCAGCCGGGGCGGUUUUAGUGGUAUUGCAGGCCCCGGGUCAACCAUUGUGAUGGGUGGAGAAAGGCUUGUCUUAGCUUUACCUUCCAGCACUAUGUGCCAAAGGUUGGACUCUUGUUUAGAUCAACCCAUGGAUUCAAGCAGCAUCCAUGAAGUUGUCAAGUAUACACCCUCGCAGCUAGCAGAAAACCAUUAUGAUACUGACACCACCGAACCAAUCAGCUGCGGUCUUCAGACUUUAGAGGAGAUUCUGACAUGGAAACGAAGUGAGGCAAACCCUUUCAAUGUGGCAGUCGUCCCUCUGGCAACUCGGGAGCCUCCCCUGGCCAGUAGCCCGCGUCGGACUCUGGUGUCUCAUGAUAUGAUGGGCGGCUACCUAGAUGACAGGUUUGUCCAGGGGACAAGUGUCGACGCUCCAUAUGCUUUCUACCACUGGCAGUAUAUUGAUAUUUUUAACUACUUCACACACAAGCUGGUGACAAUUCCUCCUGCUGUGUGGACCAAUGCUGCGCAUAAACAUGGAGUCGUCGUUAUAGGGACUUUCAUCACAGAGUGGACUGAUGGAGCCACGGUGUGUGAUGCCUUCCUGAAAGAUGAGGAGUCGUAUCGGGCAGUAGCUGAUAAACUAGUCCAGAUUAGCUGCUAUUAUGGCUUCGAUGGCUGGCUCAUUAACAUAGAGAAUUCCCUCAAUGAGGUUGCGGUGAAGAACACACCUUUGUUCCUGCGCUAUCUGACAGACCAGAUGCACGAGCGAGUCUCUGGCAGCCUGGUGCUGUGGUACGACAGCGUGAUCGAGAGCGGAAAGCUGGUUUGGCAGAAUGAACUCAACCAGUCCAAUAGGAUAUUUUUCGAUGCUUGUGAUGGUUUCUUCACUAACUACAACUGGACAGAGGAGAACCUGGAGGGGAUGAAAGAAAACAGCGGAAUCCAGGGCCGUGAGGCUGACGUCUAUAUCGGGGUAGACGUGUUUGGCCGAGGCAACGUGGUUGGAGGAAUGCUUGAAACCAAUAAGGCCCUGGACAUGAUCAGGAAGCACAACUUCUCUACAGCCAUCUUCGCUCCAGGCUGGGUGUACGAGACACACGAUGACAAGACUGAAUUCCGCAAUAACCAGGACAUGUUCUGGGCUCUUUUGUCAGACAACCUGUACAUCCACCGACCAGCCUCACCUCUCCCCUUCAUCUCCUCCUUCUGCCAGGGCUUUGGGAAGGCUCUCUACUGGAGAGGAAAGCACGAGACAGAAAGGAGCUGGUUCAACCUGGCUGCCCAGGAGAUCCAACCCUUGUACUACCAUACGGAGCUGGAGGGCACGGGCUGGGUGAGGAGCCGUGGCUGCCCACAGGACGCCUGGAACGGAGGCUGCUCACUGCUGCUCGAGGGCCUCAUCCCUGCCUCUCACACAUCUGCAGUUUCUGCCAACAUCUUCUCCCUCAAUGUACCCCUGCCAUCCAAGAUCCUGGUGAGCCUCAUCUAUAAACCAUCUGCUGGGAUCAGUGUCUCCCUGGAGCUGAAGACAACAGAUGCCAGUCUUAGCACGGACGGCCACAAUGUCAAACUCACCAGUGUGCAGCCUGAGGUAUUGGAUGAGGGCCACCAGCUGGUGAGCCUGUUCUCUCAGCUGUGUGGAAACUUGAACCCAGAAGGUUGGACAAUCAGGUGUUUGCAGUUGGAGCUUUGUGGCUGUACUCUUAGAGAGGUCGGUGUCAACAUCCAACGGAUGGGGGACCUUAAGGACACGCCUUUUACCUGCAGGGUGGGAGAGAUUAUGCUCCUGGAUGUAGCCAGUCUGCAGGUUCCCUCUGAGCUGGUUCAGGGUUUGUGCAUUUACGAUGUGGUGUGGCUUAAUGGUGUUAGUACCUUGCCAGAGUCCAACUCUCCUUGCCUGCUCCUCAACGCCACUCUGCACUGGGAUUACGCGACCAAGACCGUGCAGCACUUCAGGGUAUACUGGCGCCGGUUGAGGGGACCCGAUCCCCGAAUCCCUCCAGGUCAGCUGGUUCUGUUGGGACGUGCAUAUUCCAAUUUAUUUAGGGUAACAGAGCUGGAGGUGCCAAAGCCCCCUGGCUUACUGGAACUGGUGGUGGAGCCAGUAAGCAGGAAGGGCUUCCUUGUCCCAGAGAGUCAGUGGGGAAGAAGAAGCCUCAGCUACACAGCAGAUGUCACGCAAUGACUUUAUAUAUACAAUAUAUAGAUUCAGGCAGCCUGAAUCAUGUUUUUGUUGAAAGCAAGCCUGAACUCGCAAAACUUUCUAUUUGUCUAUCUUUUUGUUUUACUUGUAAGGAAAUAUACCAAAGAAACUUUUCUGUAUUAGUUCAUCGUAUAAUCAAGCCUGAUGUUUAUGCGAUUGUACGCAAUACUAAUACAAAUACUACUAUAAUCAGUAAGAACAAUAUUGGAUGUCAGUUAAGUACCCUUCUUGCAUCGCUCAUGAUAAUAGGUUUAAUCACUUAAUUUGUAUUGCCCCUUCCAAGAUCUCAAGAUUACAAAGUGCUUUUAAAAAAAUGCAUGUGUGGAGCAAGAG